CAUCUGGCAACUCUACGGCACACACGUGCAACUUCAGAGGAAUUUCGAUUCAGUUUUUAUUUAUUAAUUUUACGCGAUUUAAUAAUUGUUUUACUAUAAUACAAUGAAAAAUAAUGCCAAGAAGGAACCCCAGGAAGGGGGGGAGGGCAAGCAUCGGUUGCACAAUGUUCGCUUCUACACGAUGAAACCGACUGCCAUUGUCAGUAUGGCCUACAGUAAGACGAGCAAGUGCCUUGCUUUGAGUCGUCACGUACCCGUUAUACAGCUGUGGAACUUGAGGCACACCCCCUAUUUGGAUCAGGUAAUCCACCUGCCGCCCGAUUCGCCAGCGGAGUCUUUAGCUUGGGCGGGAAAUCGUCUGUUUUCCGUGGAUCUUACGGGCAAACUGAUCGAGUGGGAUCUGACAAACCUAAAGCCACGUCACGAGCACUCGCCCACCGGCAAUGCCCUCUGGAGUCUCGACGUUAACCCCGCUGAAACGGAAAUAGCCGUGGGUUCCGAGGAGGGACACAUCAACCUCCUGAGCAUCGAAAAUGACGAAAUCACCUAUAAAUCCCUUUUUACCAAACAAAGCGGUCGCGUUCUCUGCAUUAAAUUCGAUAAGACAGGAACGAAACUAGUGACCGGCACCGAGGGAUUUGUUCACAUCUGGAAUGUCCUUAAAGGAACCACGCUACACACCAUGACUCUUUCCGACAACAAUGUGAUUGUCUGGUCCCUUCAGGUCCUGUCCGAUAAUACGAUUAUUGCCGGCGAUUCGGCGGGAUUUGUGACGGUUUGGAAUGCAGAAAAUGCCACACAGAUCGAUUCCACACGAGUUCUGGAUAAAAACGUAUUUGCCCUGGCUGUAAAUGAAACGGAGGAUCGAUUGGUCUGCAGCGGAAUGCAGCCACCGCUCAUCCGGCUUUUCAACAAGACCCAGAUUAAGCGGGAGGAAUCCACCAGCGAGCGUUGGAUCAAGUUUCUGCAGCGCGAUGCCCACAAACACUAUGUGAAAUCCCUGGUGGUUAUACGUGAUAAGAUUUUCUCCGGAGGCUUGGAUGGUAUAUUGACUAUUACUUCCAGCCAUAAGAUGCGGGGAAAAAUGUCGCAGCAUGCUCCCUUCCUCAAGGGAUGCGUUGCCUCAUUGGCUAUCACGGAAAAGCUUUUGCUCCUACGUUAUCCCAGAAGCUUGCACCUGUGGCGCUUGGGCUCUGCGGCUUCGCAAGACAAGGAUAAGAUAACAGGAUGGGGACAGCCACUUGGUACUUCGGAGGAACUUCUUUUGGAGCAACCUCCCCAGAAACUUCUUCAAUUAAAUGUCAAAGGGCCAAACAUCACACAAGCUUCAGCCAUUUCACCCGAUGCAAACUGGAUUUGCUACUCUACUUCAGAUGAACUUCGUAUAAGGCGUUUGCAGAGGAAUCCUCUGCAGGUGGAGCGUCUGGUGGGUGAUCUCCCCAAGGAACUUCAACCAGCCAGCCACAUCAUCUUCACUAAGAAGAAAAGACUAGCUUUGCUGCAUCCUCAAAACAAUCAUCUUAGCUGGUUUGACUUGAAAGAAGAUAGCGUUAUCUUUAAAUACAGCGUCGAUUUGAGUGAUCAUUGCAAGAAUACCAUAAGCCAUCUAGUAGUUUCCUCAGGUGGCGAUUACCUUGUGGCAGCAACCUCAGACAAGAUAAUAUCGGUUUGGAACCUACAUGAGAAGCAGUACAAGCACCUUCUGAAUCUGCCAAAACACCAAGCGGGAACAACAGCUUUAUCAAUGCACGAGGAUCAUCCUCGUGUGGUGGUGGCCUACGCCAAUGGCCAGAUAGUGGAGUACGAUCUGGUCAAUCGGAAAUUUACCUGUGAAACUAAACGGUACCUGAUACCGGACACCCGGCAAUAUUGCAUCAAUGGUAUCACCUUGGAUCCAAGGAAUCCCAAUGUGUUUCUGGUUCACACAGAAACAAACUUGUAUGUUUUGGAGAGGAAUGACGAUUUUGAGCCAAAGGAGGAGCCAGUGGUCGAGAGCAAGACGAAGAAACUAUCUAAAGGAAACAGCUCCUCAGUUGCUGUCAAUACAAAGAGUUUGAGCCUUAAGACGCAGCUACCUCGGCAGCACCUGGUGCACGUGUCUCGGCUGAGCCCUAACGAACUUGUCAACGUCAGCAUUUCGACAAACAAUCUGUUGGCCACGCUGCCGCCGCCGUUCCAGCGGAAGAAGUUCGGUGCCUCGUAAACGGAUUGCUGGAGGAUGACGAUGUGGAGGGUCUCCACUUAGGUUUACCCAGUAGUUUCCACUUAGUUACCAAAUAAAAUCAAAAGUAGAAAACAA